UCCAGCCCAGAUCCAACCCCUCAUUUACUGAGACACUCCCUGAAUACUUAAGGAGGGUUCCAACUCUGCUCAGGAACUCUCCGGCUCUUCAAACAAACCAUAUCUGGGGAAAAGCUGGACAAGUUUCCAGAAUGUCAAUCGCCCGUGCAGCGGCCAAGGCCAUGUUAUCUGAUGCCCUGCUGCAGGACAGCUCUGGGAUCCCCCGGAUCAACCACCUGGAGCUGGAGCUUCCUCUGGACAAGGUCAUCAAGUAUGUGUCCGUGGGCCUUCCUCUGAUGCUGGUUUGCAUGGCCUUCGCCCGCGAGAUCUCCCUGGGGCCUCAGAUCAGCUGCUUCGCUCCCAGUAACUUCACAGCCAAACAGGCCAGCUAUGUAGACACGUACUGCUGGGACUCUCUCAUGCAUCAUGAGCUCGACGGUGACGGGAACUUUGAGGAGCGCUCGCUCUGGGUGCACAAAAUGUUUCCUUACUCUCUCCUGGCCAUGGCCAUCCUCAUGUACCUGCCGGCUCUCAUCUGGCGGCAGCUUGUCACGCCCACACUGGGCUCAGACCUGCUCUUCAUAAUUGAUGAACUCGACAAGUCGUACAACCGAUCGGUCCGGCUGGCCCAAAGCAUCCUGGAUAUGCGGCAGAAUACUAAGAACCCGCUGACGUUUCAGGCGGAGCUGCAGAGGGCAAAACGGAAGAGAUACUUUGAGUAUCCCCUUCUGGAGAGAUACAUGCGCUGCAAACAAAGCUCUUACUUCCUGGUCAGCAUGCUGUUUCUGCGAGGUUUCCUCCUCCUGACCUUCAUGACGGCUGCCUGCCUCUAUCUCGCCUACUUCCACCUUUCGGCCUUACUGCAGGACGAGUUCAGCUGCUUCGUUCGGACGGGCAUGCUGCGGGAUCAGAGCUGGAUUCCAGAACUCGUUCAGUGCAAGAUAAUCGGCCAGCUGGUCUUUCAGGUGAUCAGUGUGGUCAACGGCGCCAUCUACAUCCUGCUGGGACCCAUCGUCCUUUUCAGCAUCAUUCGGCUCUUCGUUUGGGACACCAGCUUCAUCUCCGUGUACGAUGUCCUCCCAGCCCUGGAUAUCAUCAACAGCAGACGAUUAGGCUGCCCGCUCAAUGACCUCAAUGUUCUCCUGCUGUUUCUGCGCGCUAAUGUAGCCCACCUGAAAUCCUACGGGCAGGUCAGAGCUCUGUGCUCCCUGGCGCCGCCACAAGUGGGCGAUGCUACGGCGGGGCAGGGCUUAAACGCAAUGCUGACGCAAGAAGAACUGGAGGAACGUGAGGAGGCAGCGAUGGAGCUGGCGGAGGAGGUGGGGGAGGCCAAGGAGGAAGGGAAGCUCAACCUGGUGGACAUCAUGACUAUUCUGGGAGCGGCUCAGGGAAGAGUGGUGAACUGCAGUGAGAAGAAGCCUCUAAUGGAAGAAAAUAUGAGCCUGGGUACCACAACACUUAUCUAUACACUCAAACGCAUUCUUUUAGCGGCUAUUUUCACCUUCAUCAUCUGGGAUGCACAGAAAAUAAUUCAGUAGCAUCCAAAGAUCUGCUGCUGCCAAUCAUAACAUCAUGUCAGGAGGUAUAACCUACAGUAGAAGCCAUUCAAAAUGUCCCCACUUCCCUUGAUGGGCCCUCUGCUGGUCCUCGGCCGGUCCCCUAAGAUUCCCCUUUAAAACAUUGAAAAUAUUCUUUCUGUCAUGAUUUGUAGACAGCUGUAAUUCAGUAAAAGGGUGGUAAAAUAAUAUGCACGCCCAGGAGAAGGGGGUCCCUCCAGUGGCUGGAAGUUGGAGGGGAUUCUGCUGAGAAUUGCAGGGGCUGCCGAUCGGCUGGCGUUUGACUGGGAGGGGUCAUUUUGAACGGCUGCUGCUGUAGAUUAAUCCAGUUUGAAGAAGGAAUGUGUUAUUUUUUUCCAGUAUUUAAAGCAACAGGUGUGUCGUUUUUCUAAAGGAGUCUUUUAAAUGUCUGGCAGAUGCAGAAGAGAUGGAUUUGUGGUACUUGUCUGCCCUAACUGACCUCUCUGUUUCU